AUGGAUGCACGAGUACUAAAGGCAAUAUGUGAGCAUCUUCAGCUGGUAAUAUAUAACGAAGACACCUAUAUCAUUCGAGAGGGGGAACCACUUGAGGAGAUGUUCUUCAUCACAAGAGGUACCGCAUGGUCUUACACAACUUGUAAUGCCAAUGUUGCCGGAAGAAUUACCAGCGGUGCUUCAUCAAUUAUUAAGUGUCUUGUGAGAGGUGACUUUUAUGGAGAGGAGCUACUAAAUUGGGCUACAACAAAAUUUGCCUCAUUUUCUGAGUUUCCUAUCUCAACCAGGACUCUCAAGGCUCAGAAAAAGGUUGAAGGAUUUGUUUUGAGAGCCAACGACUUGAAGAGUGUUGUUACUAAAUUCUGGUGGUACUUUUCCAGCAAGAAUCUCCAUCAAUUGAACAAUUCUGAGUUGGAGAAAUGGAAGAAUUUGACCGCUUCUUCCAUACAAGCGAAAUGA